AAUGCUUUUAAAAUCCUCAGAUCCUCUCUAUUCCACCAACCCAUUAGUCAUUUUGAAGUCUCUUCUUCGUUCUGGUGGUGCCCUUUUGAAUUCGCCAUGGAGUUAGCUUUGAGUUUGGGUGACACAACAAAGACGUUCACUUUCGCAGACAAAUCUCAGAGGAUGGUUGGUAUUGGUAAAGAUUUAGGGUUUUGCAUGGGCUUAGGUUCUCUGGUUAAUGGAAGAUCAGAGGAGAGAGGAGGAGAGAGAGUUGGGGGUGAAAGUAGGAGGAAAAGUAUGAUGAGAGAGGAAGAUGAGAGAAGAGGAUCAUCAGAUCCACCGGUUCAGCUUGAUCUACUUCCUUUUUCUCCGGUUCAACGGAAUCAACCACCUUCACAGCUUCGCUUUCCAUGGCUGACAGAGAACUUGAUAUCUGAACCGGUUUCGUCAAAUGGAUCCGGAAAAGGGCGAGACGUGAACCACCACCGGCCACCGUUCGCGGCGGAGGAGACCGAUGAUGGGGCGGCACUGUCGUCCCCAAACAGCACGGUGUCGUCAUUUCAGAUGGAUUUUUCAGUCUUUAGAAGUGGAAGAAGCAAGAGAGAUUUGGAGGCAACGUUUAUUAAUACUGAAGUUGAUCACGCAGAGAAAGGUGGUUCUUCAAGGGCAAGUGAUGAGGAAGAGAAUGGUUUGGCUAGGAAAAAGCUCAGGCUGACUAAAGAACAGUCUGCUUUUCUUGAAGAAAGCUUCAAAGAACACAACACCCUCAAUCCUAAACAAAAGCAAGCUCUGGCAAAGCAGUUGAAUCUUCGUCCUCGCCAAGUAGAAGUGUGGUUUCAAAACAGAAGAGCAAGGACAAAGUUGAAGCAGACUGAGGUAGAUUGUGAGUAUUUAAAGAGAUGCUCUGAAACACUGACAGAAGAGAAUAGGAGGUUGCAAAAGGAGAUUCAAGAGUUAAGAGCUUUGAAGGCUUCCAAACCUUUCUACAUGCAGCUUCCUGCAACCACUCUCACUAUGUGUCCCUCUUGUGAGCGCGUAGCCUCCACCACCACCUCUUCUGCCACCGCCACCGCCACCGCCACUGCUGCCGCCACUACAACCAAUACAACAUUGUCUCUUGCUAAACCCAUGUUAUAUCCAUUUUCACACGCUCAAGUCCACACUCGACAGACUGCUUCAUGAGACUUCCAACAUAAGAAUAUUUACCCACAACAAAGAGUACUUAGCCCAAACACUAAAUGCAAAUUUUCUUGGCAUAUGUAAAUAUUUCAGUUUUUUUUUAAGAAAAUUAUUUCAUUCUGUUGUGAUAUUUUUGUGCCGAGAGGUUGUUGAGGAUGGAGUUUAGAGUGGGAGGAGAUUUGGGAGGGUAAUAGUUUGACUGAGAAUGAGAAAGAUUUUGAGCAAAAGUUUUGGUUUCUGAUUGUGUUUUUUUUUUUUCCCUUUGACUGGGUAUUUAAUCUGUUUUCUG